CAAUAUUUAUUCAAAACACGCAUUUUCAAUUGAAAGGCACUUUAUUUAAUGUAGAAAGUGAAAUUGUAACAAACUUGUAACUCAGGAUAUUGUACGAUUUGUGUUUGCUACCUACACAGAGUUUUUGUUUAGUUUACAUUCUACACAGAGUAUGAUACCACUAACUGAUUUAACCUGAUGUAACUGAUUUCUGCUAUCGAAUAAUGGAUAUGGAAAAAAAUCAAUCGAGCGAUAUGGCCAACCAAUUGACGAUGAACUGUAGUUGCUUCCAGACGGUGGUAGAAGUUAAGGCCCAACUGGCCAAACUUGAAAGAAUAAAUGAAACACUCCAGAACAAACUAGAAAGCCACGUUAAGGAUAACGAAAAUCUGGUCAUCAAAUAUGCCUUUGUAGAAAAAAAGGUUAUAGAUCUAAAAUCAUUAGUGGAAGAAAAAGAGAGUAAACUUCUCAAGAACGACCACGAAAUAGCGGGAUUACAAAAGCAAAUCAGUACGAUACGCGCGGAAAAGCUGAAGCUACAGCAAAGUGUCGAUUCGAAGCUUGCAGUAACCGAAGAAACAAAGAAUAAUGCGGAACACGCGGCCGAAAUGGACAAAAAAUAUAUGGAAUUCCAAGCAAGAGAAAUAAUGUUGAAGCAUGCUUAUGACGAACAAGCAGCAAAAAUGGCUUCAUUGCAAAAGAUAAAUGGAGAUCUUCGAGAGAGUUUAGUCAGUCAAGAAAAAAAAUAUGCUUCAUGCAUGAAUACGUUAACAGAUAGUGAAAAUGGUAAACAGGAACUAAGACGGCACACGAAACAACUUCAGGAAGAACUAGAGCUGCACUCACUAAAAAUUGAAGAACUGGCAACUAAACUGAAUGAUGCGAGUGUUGCUGCACUGGAGUCAUCACGCAUGGAAGCCACCAUACAAAUGCAGCAGAAUGAGCUGAAGCAACUACAUACUUUGCUCGAGGAACAGACUAGUGAAGCCGAGGCAAUGAAGGCAAAUGAAUUGGAACUUCUAGCGUUGAAUAGAGAUCUGAGCGAGCUGAAUUGUCUGUUGCAAAAAGAAAUCACUAAUCGAAAAUGCAACACGCUGGCAGUUACUUUGGAAUACGAGAAAUUUGUAAAAAUGUGUUAUGACUACGAUGCGCAAAUCGCCAGCUUAGCCAAUUCGCUUGCUGUCGAGAGACAAGAACGUACAGAGGAGCGAUUGUUAAUGGCCAAACAUAUUGCUGAUAAAACCAGAAAAUUGGAUCAUACAGAGCAAUGUUUGCAACAAACAUUAAAUGACCUUGAGGCGCAUAGGAAAAAGCAUGAAGCUAUCGUUAAGGACUUUAAACGUGAAAUGAAAAACGUGCAACAUGCUUGUGUAAAAAACACACCUGCAGUCGGUGAAAAAUCUUGAGCGACAAUUAGCGAGUUCAAAAUCAUUGUGUACAAAAUCAUCGUGUACAAAAUCUUUAAAACGAUUAAUUUGAUUUUUAAUUUAAUCAUAGCUUAUUGAAACAAUAUACAUCACAUUGUUUUGAUUAACCACAUAAUUAGAACCACAAUGGUCAUACAAGUCAUUUGCAAUCAUUGCACUAAAUGUUUGUUGUUACUUAUAAAUUAUAUUUAUUCAGAAAAUAUAGUCAAAUCAUAAAACGACAACAUGCAUGGCUAUAAUGAUAAAGGUUUAAAAAUUAGAUUCACUGGCACGUUAGGUACAGUAACAAGCUUUAACACCGGCUUUACUUCAGGAUGUUGUUUUGGCAGAUCCACCUGAUAUCGCAUUAAUAUCUAAAAGCAAAAUACAAAUUAGUUUUACAUGGCACAGUCACAGCUAACGUUAACUGUGUCUAACCAUCGAUAUCAGAUAGUACAUCUGAAGCUGUGCGAUUUUUUUCCCAAUGCACGAACGGGCGCCCAUAGCAAAUGGUAAUGAUGCCGAUGGUGUUGCUGAAAUGAUUCGAUUUUCACUAUUGGUUCGUUGCCAGCGAAAUGGAUCAAAUUCGUUGGAUGCACAGAAAAAUCUUGAGUCUCUUCCGGCACUGUAUAGUGACAGCAAUAUUAAAGUCUGAAAAAUAACGAAUACCGAUUACUGUAUCAUACUUUCUCAGUUUUGCUCCGAAUAUAUUACCUCUUUGGGAAUUUUGUAGCCACAAAAUAGUGCAUCACUGUCAAUGAAUCUUCCUACAAAGGGAGCUACUGGAUAAAGCCUUAGUGCUUCUCGGACCACUCCUUUUAUAGCAGAAGAUUCUAAGCAGGCGGCAUCAUCUAUGUUUUUGCGUACAGUGUUUUGGACUCUUUGAUUCGAUGCUAGCAAAUAAAGCGCCCAAACAGUGGCAAAAGCAGUCUGAACACAAACAUAAUUGUUAUUUGAACAAAACUUCGGUUAAUAGUGCAGACAUACCGUGUCACCCGCAGCAAUUACGAAAUCUACAAAGAUUCGCAUCAUUAACGAUUGAUCCAUUCGAGCCAUCAUGUGUAACAAUCCAUCGUCCUGGUUGGUAUGUUGUGUCCCGAAUUCGAUUAUAGAAGUAGCUUGGCAAAAUAACGAACAGGAUGUGGAAUUGAUUUCAAUCGUCUAUGUAACAAAAGACCUGACUGAAACAAACGCAUCAACAAAACAAACAUACCUAAUUUCACUGUUUUUGGAAUAAUCUCUUCAAACUCUUUCCAUGAACGGAGAUUCAUUCGCUCCGCAAUACCAGGUGGUAUGUUCAUAAGUUCUGCGCUGCAUCGGAAUAUCUUGUACACCUCUUUGGAGAACUCAUCAACGAGAUCGCGAAACACCUUCGACUUUUGGCACUGUUGGAAUGAUGUUCCUAGCAUAACACUUAACACGACUGACACAGUGAGUUGAAGUAAAAAUAGUACUUGAAUUUGUCGUUUUAUAAAUUAACACAAUAAAAGAAAAAAAUCUUUAAUCAUACCUUCCACCGACCACUUGUACAAAAAUGGUUCAAUGUUCUUGGCAACAGAAUUAUCAUCACAGCUAGUUUUAAUUUCCAUUACCUUUGCAGCGCAUACGUUUCGUAUUGGCAUUUUCA